AUACCAAAUCUCUUUCUGUCAUACUAAAUAGUAUGGUAGUGUGGGUACUGGAACGCACAGAGUUAAAAUUCACAAGCUCCGCUUCCUGGAAUGAAUCAUAGCUUGAUAACCCCUCCCUCCUCCUCCUGCUCUCAAACACAGACUGCUCCACGCUGUCGGUUUAUUUCCUUGUUCUCUCCCCUUCAGAUCUACAGUUUGAAGACGGGUGUAACCAACAUGGUGGUGUAGUGCAAGAGCUGACACGCCCCAUUCACUGCAUAACACAUGUUGUUUAGAUCAGAGCUCAAACUAGUUUCAGUUAUAGGGAAGUGAAACUCAGACAGUCGUUGUCACUGAGAGGUGAAAUGGCGCAGAAAGGAGUUCAGCUGGAGCGGGAAACCUUCUCUUGUUCCAUCUGUCUGGAUCUACUGAAGGAUCCGGUGACUACUCCCUGUGGACACAGCUACUGCAUGAACUGUAUUAAAAGCUUCUGGGAUGGAGAGGAUGAGAAGAAGAUCCACAGCUGCCCUCAGUGUAGGCAGACCUUCACACAGAGGCCUGUCCUGCUGAAAAACACCAUGUUAGCAGUUUUAGUGGAGGAACUGAAGAAGACUGGACUCCAAGCUGCUCCUGCUGAUCACUGCUAUGCUGGACCUGAAGAUGUGGCCUGUGAUGUCUGCACUGGGAGGAAACUAAAAGCCUUCAAGUCCUGUCUGGUGUGUCUGGUCUCUUACUGUGAGAAACACCUCCAGCGUCAUUACGACGUGGCUCAAUUAAAGAAACACAAGCUGGUGGAGCCCUCCAAGAAGCUCCAGGAGAACAUCUGCUCUCGUCACGAUGAGGUGAUGAAGAUGUUCUGUCGUACUGAUCAGCAGUGUAUCUGUUAUCUCUGCUCUGUGGAUGAACAUAAAGGCCACGACACCGUCUCAGCUGCAGCAGAAAGGACUGAGAGGCAGAGAGAGCUGGAGGUGAGUCGACUCAACAUCCAGCAGAGGAUCCAGGACAGAGAGAAAGAUGUGAAGCUGCUCCAACAGGAGGUGGAGGCUGUCAAUCGCUCUGCUGAUAAAGCAGUGGAUGACAGUGAGAAGAUCUUCACCAAGCUGAUCCGUCUCAUGGAGAAAAGAAGCUGUGAUGUGAAGCAGCAGGUCAGAUCCCAGCAGAAAACCCAAGUGAGUCGAGUCAAAGAGCUUCAGGAGAAGCUGGAGCAGGAGAUCACUGAGCUGAAGAGGAGAGACGCUGAGAUGAAGCUGCUCUCACUCACAGAGGAUUACAACCAGUUUCUACUCAAAUAUCUCUCACUGUCACCACUCAGUGAAUCUACAUCCAGCAUCAAUAUCCGUCCUCUGAGCUACUUUGAGGACGUGACGGCGGCUGUGUCAGAAGUCAGAGAUAAACUACAGGACGUUCUGAGUGAGAAAUGGACAAACAUCUCACAGACAGUGACUGAAGUGGAUGUUUUACUGCCACAACCAGAGCCCAAGACCAGAGCUGGGUUCUUAAAAUAUUCACGAGAAAUAACACUGGAUCCAAACACAGCACACACACAGCUGUUAUUAUCCAAGGGGAACAGCAAAGCAACAUUAAUGAGAGAACAUCAGUCUUAUUUUAGUCACCCAGACAGAUUCACUGGAUGUUAUCAGGUCCUGAGUAGAGAGAGUCUGACUGGACGUUGUUACUGGGAGGUGGAGAGGGGAGGGGUAGGAGUUUAUGUAGCAGUUGCAUACAAGAGUAUCAGUAGAGCAGGGAGGUUGAAUGAAUGUGGGUUUGGAUACACUGACAAAUCUUGGGUGUUAGAUUGUAAAGAAAACAGUUAUAGAUUGUUGUACAACAAUGUCAAAACCCCCGUCUCAGGUCCUCAGUCCUCCAGAGUAGGAGUGUACCUGGAUCACAGUGCAGGUAUUCUGUCCUUCUACAGCGUCUCUGAAACCAUGACUCUCCUUCACAGAGUCCAGACCACAUUCACUGAGCCUCUCUAUGCUGGACUUAGGCAUUAUGGCAAUUUUGGAGACUCAGCUGAGUUCUGCAAACUGAAAUAGACAGAAGUCAUUUAAGGGUUCAAUACUGUUUUAACUCUUACGGCAUGGACAGACUGGGAACGUCAGGAGCGCAUGGCUGCUGCAUUUCCUGUUGUUUUUUAUUUCGGCGUCCCUGUUAACAGGUUAGAGCCACACUACCUGUGUGAGUCUCACGCGCGUCUCAGCUGCGUCUCUUCUAGAGAAUAGAGGUCUCGCCUAUUUCUGCUGCGUGCCGUGAGCGUCUUACAGCAACAACAGACAGUGAAGGUGAUCUAUUGACUGUAUAUUAACAUCAUACCAGCAAGACUUUACUACAGUUUCAAGGUCUAUCUGUAGAAUAUGUCACAGAGAUGAAAAAAAGUAAAG